AAUCCGGAGUGACCGUGUUCUUGGGUGGCCUUCAUCUCUCAACUUCUUUCUCACCUCUCUCUCUCUCUCUCUCUGUCUCUCUGUGAACGUCUUUUCCCAUUUCUCUCUCAGACACGCACAAAACCAAACCAAACAGCAACAGGCAACAACCCACGGGCCAACGUCACAAUGCCCCGUCACAUCCUCUUCUCUUCCGUUUCCAUGUGCCCAGCGCCACCUCACCACUAUUGCUUCUAUACCUAGGGUUUUUCUGUCUCUUCAUCUUUUUUUUUUUUUUCGAAUUUUUUAUUUUUUUGGGGGACACAUCGGCUUUGUCAAUUUUCAGAAUUCGACAAAAGAGAAGUGAAUUUUUGGCUUCGAUUUUUAGUUAUGGAGCAGCAAGAAGAAGUGCAGGGGUCGAGUUUGUAUAAACCUUGUAUUGAAGAUGAGGAACCCAAAGACUUUGACCAGUCGGUGCAGGGAUUGGAGCUCAUGAGCGUCGAUCAAUGCGAAACCAUCGGAGACCUUGACGAUUCUCAGCUCGUUGGAGCUCCCUUGACCGUCGCCGACGGUUGCGAUCGCAUGGCGGCUGGAGAGAAUGGUUUCGUGGUGAACGUUGAGGUGAAAUUGGCGGAGAAGACUGUUGAGAAGAGGAGGCGAGGUCGGCCGCCCAGGGGACUGGUCAAGACGACGCCGUUGAGGAAGAAGAAGGAUGAGGAAGAUGUUUGCUUCAUAUGCUUCGAUGGUGGGAGCCUCGUGCUUUGCGAUCGCCGGGGCUGCCCUAAGGCAUAUCAUCCAGCUUGCAUUAAGCGGGACGAAUCAUUCUUUCGAUCAAAAGCUAAAUGGAAUUGUGGUUGGCAUAUAUGUAGCAGUUGUCGGAAGGCUUCGCAUUAUAUGUGUUAUACUUGUACAUAUUCUUUAUGCAAGGGGUGUACUAAAGACGCAGAUUAUCUAUGUGUACGAGGAAGUAAAGGGCUAUGUGGAACAUGCAUGAGAACUGUGAUGCUAAUUGAAAAUUUGCAAGGCUGUACUGAAAUGGCUAAAGUGGAUUUUGAUGACAAAAGCAGCUGGGAGUAUCUUUUCAAGGUGUACUGGAUAUUUUUAAAACGUAAACUAUCAUUAACUUUGGAUGAACUCAUUAGAGCUAAAAAUCCGUGGAAAGGUCCUCCUGUUAUAGCUUCUAAGGGUCAAUGUUCUAGUGGAUUUUACUAUGGCAGCAAUAAAAAUUCUAUUUCUGGCAACUCUUAUGCGGACCUCGAAGUGAUUAAUUUGAAAAGGAAAACAACCAAAAAGCCUAAUGCUCUUUCUGAGGAGGAUUGUUUGGGUAUUGGAAAACUAGGUGGUGGCAGAGUGACUUUUUCUGGAGACACAAUAUGGGCAUCGAAAGCGCUCUUGGAGUUUGUUGCACAUAUGAAGAAUGGUGAUACAUCUAUUUUAUCCCAGUUUGAUGUUCAGGCUCUUCUACUUGAGUAUAUAAAGAGAAAUAACCUUCGUGAUCCUCGUCGAAAAUGUCAAAUUAUUUGUGAUUCAAGGCUUUUAAAUCUGUUUGGUAAAGCAUGUGUUGGUCACAUUGAAAUGCUAAAACUUCUUGAAUCUCACUUUCUUAUAAAAGAAGGUCCUCGGGCAGAUAAUUCUAUUCAAGAUGGAUGUGUAGAUGCUGUUUGUAGCCAUGGGAAUAGUGAUAGCCACACAAUGAUGGUUAAUGAUAAAAAGCGUAAAACCCGUAAGAGGGUUGAUGAGCAAAGGCAGCAGACUAAUCCAGAUGCAUAUGCAGCAAUUGAUGUUCACAACAUUAACUUGAUUUUCUUGCGGCGUAAUUUGGUGGAGAAUCUAAUUGAUGAUGCUGAUAAAUUUCAUGACAAGGUUGUAGGUUCAUUUGUGCGGAUAAAAAUUUCUAGUGGUGAUCAAAAGCAAGAUAUGCAUAGGCUUGUCCAAGUUGUAGGUACCAGUAAGGUGAUGGAACCAUAUAAUGUUGGCACAAAAACAACUGAUCUCAUGCUUGAAAUCUCAAAUUUAAACAAGAAAGAGGUCAUAUCAAUUGAUGGGAUAUCAAAUCAGGAAUUUGACCAGGAUGAUUGCAAACGAUUACGUCAGAGCAUCAAAUGUGGGCUCAUCAAACGACUGACUGUUGGGGAGAUUCAGGAAAAAGCAGUGACACUUCAGGCAGCAAAAGUAAAUGACUGGCUGGAAGCAGAGGUAUUGCGGCUUAAUCAUCUUCGUGACCGAGCUAGUGAAAAGGGACAUAGAAAGGAGCUGAAGGAAUGCGUGGAGAAAUUACAGUUGCUGAACUCCCCAGAGGAACGUCAACGCAGGCUGCAAGAAUUUCCUGUAGUACACUCUGAUCCAAAUAUGGAUCCAAAUUGUGAGUCUGAAGACAAUGAUGGAGAAAUAGAUGAGAAUAAAAAAGAUAAUAAAGUGAAACCAAGAAAUUCUAGUUUUGGUAGAAAGAGAAGGGAACCUGUCUCUCCACGAAGUGGAGCUGAUGGCUUGAUUACUAGUGGAAGCAAAGCACAAAAGACUUUAGCAACCCCUCCUGAGCAGAAGAGGGGUAAAGAAAAAAUUGGAAGUAAUGGUUGUAAGACAGCAAUAAACCAGGCUAAUCAUAGCGAUCCAGCGAUUUGUGGUCGGAGUACUCAAGCAACUGUGGGAUCUGACACAUUUUCUGGGGCUGCAGCAGAAAGUACAGGAGUGCUUUCAGCAGGGAUGAACCAAUCUGUCAAUGAUUUUGAGACAGACAAGAUAUGGCACUACCAAGACCCAUCUGGAAAAAUUCAAGGACCAUUUAAUAUGCUACAGCUGCGUAAAUGGAGUGCUACUCGACUCUUCCCUUCUGAUUUGAGAAUAUGGAAGUUACAGGAAAAGCAAGACGACGCUAUACUUUUAACUGAAGUGUUGAAUGUGCACAAUUGUCAAGAGCCCCUAUUAAGAUCCAACAGCCAUUUACCGUCAGAGGGAAUUGGAGUUGCUUCUGAUAGAAAGGACAAUGGCAGAGAUCGUGGGUGGAACAAGAGUAUGAAUUCAACUCCUGUGGAUGGUAAAAGAGUCGAGGAGAGCACAAAUUUUGAGCAAGAUGACCCAAGCAAACAUAAGGAUGAGAACAGUGAACCUAUGAGGAGCAAUGGAUGGGGCCCCCUUUCUUCAAGUUGCACUACGCUUGCAGAUGUCAAUUCCAAUGAAGAACAUACUGGAAUCUUUCCACAAGGAUGGGAUUCAUUCAAAGAGAAUAAUGCUUGGCCAAAUCAGCCCCAAGUAUGUAGUUCAUUGCCUACACCUGUUUUUCCUGUGAAUCAAACAUCAUCACAUCAUGUAAGGGAAGGUCAUGAAAGUGAAAAAACCUCCGAUCAGAAUAAUGAAAAUUUGAAUGCUCAUCAGACUGCUGAGGGUCAUACUAAUAAUGGCCGGGGCUGUGAAAACCAAUCUGAUAGUGAAGGUCAUUCAGGCCAAUCUUCUAGUCAAAACUGGAGACCUCCACCUGUGAAUGGUCCUUCAAAUGGCUGGGAUUCCAAUGCUGGCUUUACUUCUGUUGCCAAAUCACUUGAAACAUCAGAGCAAAAUAAGGAGGAAAUUGACUUUCCAGAUUUCCCUAGUCCCACCCGAAAACAAGGCAAUGGAGACCUGGAAUGUCAGGCUGCUGAAAACAGACAGUCUGCUUCUCCAAAUGCUCCGGUUCAGGAUGCUGGCCUUAGUUGGAGCACCGCUUCUAGUUUAAUUGGUGGUGGCACACAGCUGCAUGAAGUAGCUGGUGAGUGGGGAGGUUAUUCUUCUACUACUGCCAAACCUUCUGUUGAGGAAUGGGAGUCCAGUAUUGUCUCGGUAUCUUCUCUGAAGCCUACAGAGAUGGCAAGUGAUCAUGCCGGCACUCCAGCUUCAAUCAGUGAACAGCUGACACAUUCAUCGCCAUCCCAUCCUGCAUCUAGUACUUCUGGUUGGCAUGCCAUUGUGGCUGAACCUAAUGAAUUCAGUUCUUUGGCCGAUGAAUCAGUUUCAGACCUGUUGGCUGAAGUUGAAGCGAUGGAGUCUCUCAAAGACAUGGCUUCCUCGCCUACAAUCAUCAACUGUGGAGGAGAAUUGACGGAGGGUUCUAAAAAUGAUUGUCUCAGUUCUGUUGAGGGAUUCAGCCCACCACCUGACCCUGGAAAAGGUGAUGCUUUAAGCUCCACUGGUGAUAUCCACUUGCCUCCCCGAUCCACUAUGUCAGAUGAACCACUUGGGGUAGGCAAGGCAGAUGUUCUUGAUCCUCAAAAUAGGUCUAAUGGGCAUUCUGCAACAAGUGUGGAAGUGGAAGGAGAUGCAAAGCACAGUGAUGUUUCAGUUAAUCAAUGGGAAGUCCAACCCGCUGCACCGUCUACAGCAGGUUGGGAUGUGGCUGCCAUAGACACAACUUGGAAUGCUAGGUCAGAAAGUGCCAACACCGAUUGGGGAGCAGUUCAGGGAAAUCCAAGUAUUGGCUGGGGAGGAUUAGAUCAAGGAAGUGCAGUUAUGGCUUGGGGAGCUUGUCAAGGGACAGCACAAGAAAACUCAAACACAAAUUCAGGUACAGGUACUCCCACUGGGAACAUCUGGGGAAGCCAACCGAGGUACGGUGGAGAGAGAUAUUUUGGUCCGAGAGACCGGAUUUUUCAAGGUAGGGAUUCAGGCUAUGGUAGGGGUAGGCAUGUCUGGAACAGACAGCAAUUCGGCGGCGGCAAUGGAGGAGGUCCAUUUAGGCCUCCUUCCAAAGGGCAGCGAGUUUGUAAAUUUCAUGAAAGUGGGUAUUGCAAAAAAGGAGCAUCUUGUAGUUAUUUGCAUCCAUGAUUUUGGGUUCCACAUCAAUUAGACAUUUGAUUCUGUAAUCAUUAUGUGUAUUAGGAAGCUUGUUUUUGCAAAUGUUGUAAUUUAACCUGUAAAAGUAGCAGUCAAUUCGCAUAAUGCGCAUGUAAUUGUUUUUUUGUUUUUUUUUUUUGGUCUUUUCCUUUAUUGCGGAAUAGCUUAGCGGGUCCAUAGGUUCAUGUUAUUGUGGACUCUUAUUCAUUUACCAUAAUAUGGGCUACGUAGCUAGUAAUAAGAUCCAUGGUUAUCUUUUCUUCUUGUUUCUA